AUGCUGCCUUUACAGGAGGGUCCGUGGCUUUUGCCCAACAGUUUCCGUCUGUCUAGGUUCUCCGUCGCCAGGGCCGCCGAGGAGGAUGCGAGGAAGAUUUUGCGCAUCUGUGGUGCACAGCUCAUUGACGGAAGGCCAAGAGAAGACGUCGAGCAGCUUCGCAUGCUGCUUUGUAAUCGCUGCACUGGCAAAGACGAGGCAGAUACCUUCGACAUUUGUGCCAACUGGGCAAAGACAGCGGCCGAGUGUGGCGAGCCACUGGCAAUGCCAAAGCAGCAGUUGGAGUUCGCUCCUGCAGCUCCAAAGGCUGCUGCCGGAACAACAACAGUAGCGGCUGCUGGUGGCCAGGCAGGGCCGGGUGUCACAUCAAAAAGCACACCUGCUUCUCAGGCUGCUCCGGAGGCAAAUCCACCUCCGACAGGAGACGAGCUGGAGGAUGCGCCUCCUGACAGUGCUGCACAUCAGAAGGUUAGGUUCGACCAGAAGAAGGGGGCGUACGCUUUCACGACCCCGGACGCUAGCAGGAAGCACUUCCAGACCACAGUGCACGCUGCAGCCAAAAACGUGGAGGCGGCUGGGCGCAUCGCCCGAGUUUGUUUUUACAAGUUCGAGCAGGGCGUCAGCAUGGAGGAGGUGAUGCAGUACAGGAACGAAGCGUACAAAAGGCUAGGCGGCGCCCCCAAGGUGCCUGCCAGCAACGGCACCACAGCCGUCGAGAAGCCAGCACCGCCGCCACGGAAGCGGCCAAAGUCCACUGAUGCGGAGGAGGCCGCAAUUGAGCGGCUGCAGCAGCAGGGCAAGCUUCUUCAUGCUCUCGAAAUCUCAGGGCGAGACAGCAACAAGAAGAAUUCGACCGUCAAUGGUGUUUACAUGGCAGUGGAGGGUGGAUACAAGGGCCACCAAGCCUAUGAGAGAAUAGGAAAGAAAGGUGACGAAGCGCGUCGCUGCCUCUUUUACUCCAAGGAGAAGUCGCGGUGGAAGAUUAGCGAGGGCCUGGGGGAUCACAAGAACUUCGCCUUCUUGAAAGUCAAGGACGGUGGCACGAAGCCGCCUUCAGCAGCUGGGUCAAAAAUACACUGGCAUUUCUUUGAUGGUAAAGAUGUGGGCUGGACAGAGGACAGGGAAGUGAAGUGUGUUCCGUACGAGCAGGGGAAGCGGGCGAAAACCGAAAAUGGUGAUGCCCCGGAGAUUGCAGUUGACGAAGGUUCCGCCAGCUCGGACUCCGCCAGCUCCAGCAGCGGGGGUGAAAGUAGCGAAGAGGCUUCGGAUGACGAUUCUGCCAGCUCGGGUGGCAGCGGGUCGCCUGAGCAGAAGAGAGCAGCCUCCACCGCAGUGCCGGCUACCGGGCCAGGAAGGGGCGGGACCACGCCAGGCUCCAGUGUGCCGCCACGGCCCAAAACGCGCGCCUGCGCGAAAAUGCUGGUUCGCGCCGGACUUCGCUGCAGCUGCCACUUCAAGUACGUCCAGGAAUGUCCUUCGCGCCGGAGCUUCAUGUUCACACAGAAAAACAAAAACGAGCGCAAAGAGAAGAUCAUGAGGCUCUCUCACUGGUUCUGUGAUCUCGCUGCUCGCUUCAUCCCGCUGCGCGAUGGAGCAAAGACGCGUGAUCGGUUAGAUGCGGACGCAGUGCCGCAAGGCUCCGAUGAACGAGCCCGCAAAAAGGCCAAAAUCGCCGCACCGGCUGCAGAGCUUUACGACUUCCUGCCACCUCCCGAUCCUGUCAAGGACGAGGCAGCUAAGGCAGCGGCCGUGAAGUCCCCGGCAAAUCUUUGCAUCCGUGCGGUGGAGAUGGUGGCGCCCUGCGCAGCCGAAGCAAAGCACGUUUGCAGGGUCAUCUUCUUGGACGUGGACGGGGUGAUUCUGCCCGCUGGUUCCAUUGACAUGAUCGUGGUUGACGGUGUCACGCUGCCAGUGAAAGAAAGUGACUUCUCGGCACAGGCUAUGGGUAGCCUUCGUGCGAUCGUGCAGCAAACUGGGGCGACCAUCGUCUUGUCUUCUGAGUGGAGGCGUGGUGACGAUCUGAAGUCGUCUAUCAAUGCCGUCUUGAAGAGCCAGGACAUUCCGUACAUCCGCGACAGCACACCUAUAUUUCAUCCGAGGAUGGCUGCGGCAAGUGUUUGCACAUGUUCGCACAUUCCCGACGACUACACAUUUCUAAGCAACAAGUACAAUGAAGCCUGUUUGGGCGGGCUGCACUCCUGGUGCCAGGCCGGAGAUUCAGAAGGUCGGUUGCACAUCUGA